AUGACACGCAUGUUGUGCGGCUUGAGAGUGGGUGCUGUGGACAUUCAUCUCAGGUUCUGCCCGGCAGUGGCUGCCCGGAGCAUGGUCGAGUCCAUGCUGGCUGGCUUGAUACGCCGUGGCUAUCGAACCGCGAGACAUGACUUGGAGCUUCACCCAUCCCAGAAUGUCUUGGAGUCAGCUGGCUUUGCGUUCAAUCCUCAGCUGGCUCGCUACUUUGUGUUAACGAUAUCAGAACCAGCCCAUAUGUCUGCUACUGCAAGGCUGAUGUUGUAUUCCAUACUGUGCCUGGACCCUCGGGGGCCCCGGUGUCUCAGAGGCAUGGUUCUGUGUACAUUCAAGCUGGAGCUGCCUGAUUGA